AUGUCUCUGCGACAGCCUCUUAACCAAUUACUUAGAGGAGUCGUCAUGGUUCCUUCUAGGAACCUUAUCUCAAAAACACCACCUGCUAAAAUGACUCUAAGUCUCCGAAGUGCCCUCAUCGACGACGCCGACCCUCACUUUAGGACUAGGCUCCACGAUUCGACUUAUGAGGCUAGAGAAAUUCUCAAGAAGUCCCCCGAUUUCUCGAUGACCGACUCAAUCGUUGUGCCCAAAGAAACUGAUGUAUCGCCACUAGCUCACAUCCCACAAGAGCAACUCAAAACCCGUACUGUGCGUAUUUACUUACCUAGCAAGGCUGCAACGCAAUCUGGCACCUUUGGAUCAAACAAGUGGCGUAUUGAAGUUGACAACCAGCAGCGCUGGGAAAAUCCCCUAAUGGGUUGGGCUAGCACCGGCGACCCACUCUCUAAUUUCUCGAUGGACUUCCCCAGUGUUGAGUCGGCUAUAGAGUAUUGCAAGAGCCAAGGAUGGUCAUACGUAGUGGAAGAGCCUCACAAGACGACUAUUAAGCCAAAAAGCUAUGCUUCAAAUUUCUCGUGGGAUAAACGUACCCGCCGUUCCUGCAAGUAG